ACCAAACAGUCUCCCGCCCCCCACCCCCCCAGGGAGGAGGGCACCCGCCUGUGGGGCCGUUUCCAAGGGCUCCAGGCAGGCGGCGGGGGCUAGGGGAGGCAGGCUGGGUGCACACGUGCGCGGGGCCUCAGACCAGCCCUGCUCCCAGGCUCGGCCAUGACAAAAGAAUGGGAGCAGAUGAGGAGAGCAGAGGGCCUGGGUCCCCGGCCUCCUGGGAAGGACGCUGGCAGCACGAGCCGGCUGUGGCCCAUCCGACACCAGGGUCAGCCUCUGCUGACGGGGCAGAAAACAUGCACUUCUCAGGGAUGGAAAAACAGCUCUUAGGUUCAUUUAGACAGAGAUUUCUCAGGAGCACCUGGGGCACACGUGGAAAGGAAAGCCAGCCCGGAGCAUCAGACGGGACUCCUGAGACCUCAGCUCCAGGCACCGCUGACCCAGAGAUACCCACCAAGUGUCCCGCCUGUCAGACCGCGGACGUGUCACCCGGCUUCCGCAGUGUGCAGCGUGCCCCUCAGAGCAGGAGGCGGUUGCAAGACCCGCCCCGAGCCCCCCAGAUCAGCCGAGAGCCUCCAGCCACACCUGGGCAGGAGCCAGGGGCCCCACCCCACAUUCAACCCUGCGGCCAGCUCCCUGCUCCUGGCAUCGCUGUCUAGGGCCCGGGGCCCGCACUCAGACCGGCCCCCACCAGGCCAGCCGUCUCCAACACCCCAGGAGCCCGGGGGAGGCGAGGACACGGAGACCAGGGGCCGGGACAGAGGGAGAGUCACAGGGAGGCCUCUGCGUCGGGGCCUCAGAGGGAGGCUAUGGGCCUGACGGACAAGGGAUGGGAGGAAGACACCCCUCCGACUCUCCACAGCCAGCCGCCCAGGACCAGCACCAACGCCAGGAAAGGCCCAGAGCCGCUGGGCACUGCACCAGGCCCGCCUGCUACCGCUCAGAGAG